AUGAACGCGGCUUUCGUUUCCAGUUUCAACUGCAACGACUGGGCGCUGAGUUUGGCUGCUGUGGCCGACAGCGUUGCUGUUGCAGCCGCCAACGGCAAGAUCCACCUCCUGUCCAAAAGUGUACAGAACAUCGGUACUCUCUCGGCACAUUCUCGCUCCAUCAAUAAAAUCAAGGCCGUGGACCUACACACCUUUGCAAGCUGCUCGAACGACGGCACCGUAAAGGUCUGGGACGCGAGAACCAACAGCGAGACACACAGUUUUUCCAACGCCCGCCAGCUGCCGUUUCUGUCCCUGGACACCAGCUACAACAUGUUGGUAGCAGGAACAGAGCUCAGUGGGUCCGACUCGGAGCUGAUUCUUUGGGACCUGCGCAAGCCGGCGCAGCCGUUCAGGACGUUUAUAGACUCGCACAACGACGACAUCACCGAGGCGCGGUUCCACCCGUCCAACAGACAGCUGCUUUUGAGCGGGUCGACCGACGGCUACGUGAACAUCUACGAUCUUUCUGUGCCCGAGGAGGACGACGCUUUGCAGCAGGUGAUCAACUUCACCUCGAUCCACUCGGCGAACUUCCUCUCGCCAAACAGAAUAUACACUCUGUCGCACAUGGAGACGUUUGCUGUGCACGAGCUGAACGACCACCGCACCGAGGAGCACGUCGAGCCGCUGCCAAAACAGUUUGGCGACGUUCGCGAAAAAUGGGGGUGCGAGUACGUGGUGGAUCUGCAGGCUCCGGGCUACGUUUUUUGCGGGUCGAACUCGAAGCACGAGCUGAAGAUGUACCGUUUCGACCCUGUGGUGGAGAAUUUCGACUUUGCGGCCGAAUCGCCGGUGCAUUUCCCCAACGCCCACGGCGAAGAGGUGGUCCGUGACGUGCUGGUGCUGGAUAAUAUGGUGUACACUGGCGGAGAGGACAAUCUGGUGAAGCUGUGGAAAGCGCCGUGCCAUGUGGCCGACACGAGCGCGACGUUUUUCAGCAGCGCGCCGCAGCCCGUUGAGACGGCGCCAAAGGAACUAAAGCCCGAGUCGGGCAGAAAACACAAGAAAAAGAAGCACAAGAAGGACUCCAAGAGGUUCAAGCCGUACUGA